AUGGCGUUGUUUGAGGAGAUCAGCCAGCAGCUGGACUUCUCCAGCUGUGGAGAGGAGGCCAACAGCAGCAGCGACAACAGCUCUGACGACUGCAGUCCCAGAAACCACAGUCCCAGAAACCACAGUCCCAGCCCGGCAUGCAGGACACCCAGGGUGCAACGCCACCGCGGCAGGAGCCACGACUUGUCUUCCCCUUUCCAGUGCACCAGCCCCAUACCUUACGCCUCCUGGAGCAAACUUAGGCUCUGUGACUCCCCCAGCACGCCAAAGAGUCUGCUCUCAAAGUCGUCCCAGCCUUGCUCCAGCUCCAAGAUAAGUUGCAAACCGAAGAGCUUCCAUUUCCCCUCGGCUGCUGCAACCCUCCUCCAGGCGCCUUCCGUCAACGUGAAUCCCUUCACCCCCGACACUGUACGCAGGAACAGCGAGCAGCAGUGGAGGAGCAGCUCCAGGAGCGAUGAAGAUGACGACUAUGGACACAGGAUGAAGCACAGCCUAACGUCAUCUGAGGAGGACGAUGAGGCCUUCCUCCCACGAAAGAGACGAGCCAUCCAAACCCUCAUGCUGUCACGCUACGAGGGCGAGUUCCUGGAGCUGGAGUGCAUCGGCGUGGGCGAGUUCGGGGCCGUGUACAAGUGCGUGAAGAGGCUGGACGGUUGCUGGUACGCCAUAAAACGCUCUCGGCGACCUCUCGCAGGCUCUGCCAACGAGCAGCUGGCCCUAAAGGAGGUAUAUGCACACGCUGUUCUUGGACACCACCCACAUGUUGUUCGUUAUUAUUCAGCUUGGGCAGAGGACGAUCACAUGAUUAUACAGAAUGAAUACUGUGAUGGUGGAAGCCUGGGUGAUGCCAUUGUGAAGAAGCGGGUGCAGUGUGAGCUGUUCUCUGAGGCCGAACUGAAAGAUCUGCUCUUACAAGUGUCCAUGGGUCUGAAAUACAUCCACAGCACAGGCCUGGUGCACUUGGACAUCAAGCCAAGUAAUAUAUUUAUUUGCCAGCGUCCCUGCCCGACCGCGGCGGGCGAGGGGGAGAGUGAGGAGGAAGACGACAGGAGCGCUCCCGCAGGAGUCGUUUUCAAAAUUGGGGAUCUGGGUCACGUGACAUCCACCAGCAAUCCUCAAGUUGAGGAAGGGGAUAGCCGCUUUCUGGCCAGUGAGGUCCUGCAUGAGGAUUACAGCCACCUCCCCAAGGCGGACAUCUUUGCUCUGGGCCUCACGGUGCUGCUCGCUGCUGGGGCUCCUCCUUUGCCUCAAAACGGAGCUGAGUGGCACAGCCUUCGAGAGGGGAAGCUGCCGGAGCUGGCGCAGGAGCUCUCACCUGCCUUCAGAGGCCUCAUACAGGUGUUACUGGAUCCAGACCAGAGCAAGCGGCCAUCUGCCAGGGAGCUUUGCAAGCACCCAGUGUUGAGGGAUGAGAGGACUGGGAGGCUGGCCACUCAGCUGCGUAGAGAGCUCAACGUGGAGAAGUUCAGGACGGCCAUGCUCGAGAAAGAGCUCCAGGAGGCUCGUCAGGCAGCACUGUCCCCCAAGCAGAGCCUCCCUCCUGGGCUGAAAGCUCCUGCCAAGAUGGGCUCUCUACCCAAAUCAGGGAGGAGACUUGUUGGUCGGAGCACGGCUCGAUCCAUAAGCUACGAUUUCCCUGGAUAUAGAGUCUGAUGGGGGGGAGUGAAGCCCAUGAAGCCCAUGUCCCACCUUCUGAAACAAGAUGGUGGUAUAAAUGCAGAAAGUCAAAGUGAGGACCGUACAAGCUUAUCUGUUCCAGACGGGCACUGGAAAGGACAAUCAUGGAUGGACGACUGGUGUAACUGAAAGUCUGGAGGAUGUUGGACAGCAUCAGUUUGACACAGAUUAAUCCUUUCAAACGUCAAGUGAUGAAUGUCAACAUGUAUCUGCUGAAGACCAAUGUUAAGGUCUUGUUUU